GAGAAGGGAGGUCACAUGGUGGGAUUCAAGGGGCCGUAAAUGAAAAGCAAAAACAAAUGCUGGCACCUAUAUUCGAUCACAGAGAGGUCAGUCAUGUAGACAUCUUUAGUGCUGGAGUUCAACCGAUGGCUCCUAUGAAUGUUCUCAUGUGCUUGAAUAACUUGUGCACAUAAACCUGCUAGACACUUUUCCAUAAUUAGAUCAUUUGUGUCGCAACAGAUUAAACUGUGAAUGUGCUAGUCAGCAUUUUGAGCAUUUUUGCCUCUAUACAUUUUUCCUAAGGAUAAGUGGGAUUCUCGAUACUUGCCUGGUCUGGUUUUCCUGUCGGUCGUUUCCUGCGUGUUCCGUCUGCCUCGUGGAUUAGCUGACUGGCCCGGUGGCCACGGUAACGUUCUCCUCUUACACAAGCUAGUUGGGAAAAUGUUAAUCCACUAAUCCACUCACUCUCAGUCAACAUUUCAUUGGCUGAUUCGCAGUCUGUGUGUGCGUACGCGUGUUGAAAUUAGAAUCUGGAAACAGAAUAUCGUGGACCAGUAAGAAUGAAUGGAAGACUGCAGGAGGGAAUGAUAAAAUAUGAUCAAAUAUAACGGCCAUUUGUCUUAUAUUUUACAAACAAAACAAUCAGUCAAGAAAAUGAAAAGAAUUUUCAAUUUUCAAGAAGCAAUUUCUGUUUGACAAUCACAUAGUUUAAACCCAGCGUUUACCCUUCAUGACCUUUCUUUACUUCUUUAGAUCAUGCGUGUGCGGGCAGCUCAUGUUGACAUGUUGUUAGUUGAAAAAUAAUUCAUUCAGAAUCCUUUGCGUGUAAGUGAAUGGAUGUGUAAUGGGAACGAUUAACGAUAAAACAUCACUUAUCAGAAUGUGCAAAACGGAUAUCACCUCUUUCUUCCUCCACUAUGAAAACAAACACCGUGGCCGUGGAGCGUUACUUUCACAGGGCUGCGACAGUCAGAUUUGCGUAGGUGGCAGAAGGUGGGUCCAAAUCCCUCUCGGACCCAGAGGGUUGAUUAAUGAUUAAGGGGGAUUAGGAUGAGGUUCAGGACUUUGCUACUAGUCUCACUGAUGCUGCCGUGGUUACCCUCAUGCUAUCGGUGCCGCUGCGACUCCUCGCCUCCCUCUGGAAUACAUGUGAGGAUGUCUGAGGGGAAACAAACUGAAAAUGAGAGAAGAAUAAUGCCAGAUGUUGAGGGGGGACGCUGACCUGGAUGAGGUACAUGCCAGGUCUGCUUCAUCUACAGUAAAACUACAAUGCAGCGUCCACAAGAUAUUGAUCAUGACUAGCGGGGCUAAGCUGCUUAUGAGAGGACCUUCAGAGAAGUGUAAAACCGAUCCCCCUCCCCUUGGUUCCCCCGCAGCCCCUGGAGGUUAACCGCUUCCUCUCGGAUGCUCCACCUGUGUCCCACCAUUAAUCCCCCUUAGACGCAAAAGGAAACUUUACAAGGGACACACACACACAACUUUACAAGGCACACACACACACACAAUGGCGGUCUUAAGAAUGAAGUUCACCAAGAACAAGCGAGACAAGCUGGCUCAGGUGCUGUGGAUCCUAAACUGGAUCUCAGUGUUGACCGGGAUCCUCCUCUUCAGCUUGGGGCUCUUCCUCAAGGUGGAGAUCAACAAGCGAGGGGAGCUGAUGGCGGAGAGGGACAUCCAGUACGUGCCCAACAUGCUGAUUGCCGUGGGCCUCAUCGCCUGUGCCAUAAACUUCUUGGGCGGAAAGAUCUGCUACGACUGCGUGGACACCACCAAGUUCUUGCGCUGGAAGCUGAUCAUGCUGCCCUACAUAGUGUGCACCUUCUUCUUCACCUUCUGCGUGCUGGUAGGAGCUCUGAUGUGCUACAGCAUGCGAGGGGAGCUGGAGGAGUCUCUGAACCUGGGGCUGACGGACGCCAUACGGUUCUACAAGGACACGGACACGCCGGGGCGAUGCUUCCUGAAGCGGACGGUGGACAUGUUGCAGAUCGAGUUCCACUGCUGUGGGAACAAUGGCUACAGAGACUGGUUUUACAUACAGUGGAUCAGCAACCGGUACCUGGAUAUGUCCCAAAAAGAGGUGGUGGACCGACUGAGGAGCAACGUGGAGGGCAAGUACCUGACGGACGGGGUCCCCUUCAGCUGCUGCAACACCAACUCCCCUCGGCCCUGCAUCCAGCAGCGGAUCACCAACAACUCCGCACACUUCAACUACGAGCACCAGACGGAGGAGCUGAACCUGUGGGUGAAAGGCUGCCGCCAGGCGCUGCUGGAGUACUACACGGACAUCAUGCAGUCCAUCGGCCUCACCGUGCUCAUCACCUGGCUGUUUGAGCUGUCUGUGUUGACAGGGGUUCGUUACCUGCAGACUUCUCUGGAGAACGUGGUCAGGCAGGGUGACCCGAACUCAGAGUCCGACGGCUGGCUCCUGGAAAACAGCUUCAUGGAAACCGCCCGCACCAACCUGAACAUCAUCAAGUGCCUCGGCAAGGGCAACCAGAUAGACACGGCCAAUAACGGAGACCCCAACAUCAACGUCCCCUCCACCUCCAAAGCGCACUACGGGCCGGACAACGUGCCGCCGAAGGAGACGCCUGAAGCCAGUUGACCUUUAUGAACAGCAUCCGCAAAAGCCUAAAUAGGGGCCUUCUCCCAGAUACUUAAAAACAGUUGUUCAUUACUUGUUUCCAUUGAAGUCAAUAGUUUUGUAAUAACAUAUAGCUAUACGGGUGAUUUUUGUGUGUGUGUGUGUGUGUGUGUGUGUGUGUGUAAACUGAGGUAUAUUGUGCAUAAUAACACACAAUAUUGGCGCAUUUUCCAGAAUGCAAAUGCCUUGUUGACUUUUUACAAACAUUAUUGAAUCAAAAUACACAUGGUCCUUUUUUCAAUGGUGAAACCCGAGCACCAAUAACACGUACAUUACUUUUUGUACAUUUGUACUGUAAUUUGUUGUUUACAAACUAUAACUUUUUGUAAUGAUGAUCAUAGGUUAUCUGUCGAAAGCAACAGAAAUGAUCCAGCACAUUGCAGCUGUGAAAGUAGAUUACAGAUUAUAUUUUCGGGGGAAAUACAAAAACAGAUGUUGGAUUAAAAAGUGGGCGUUAAUUAGGUUUUAUUAGUAUGAAACCUCCGAAAUAAGAUAAUUCUGCCAAUCCGCGGCUCACCUGGGGUUCUCAGGCGAUGGAUGACAAAUAUUGAUGAUGGAAAAUAGAUCACCAAAUAAUUCUAUGGGUGAUCAAUGAGGAGAUUUUUAUUCCAUUAUAAUGAAACAAAAUGAAUCCCAUAAGACAUUGCAGACAUUACUGUACGCAGGGCGUGGAUUCAGGGCGCAGGAGCAGUUCAUCUGUAUAUAGGCUAAUGACUUUAUUUCUAUAGCCUGGAAGUUAUGCAAUACUGUCAAACAACACAAAAGGAGAACAUUUUAAAUUCACAUAUUUUCCUGAACAGGGGUAAUAACCAAAAAAAAGAUAUCAUAUGCUACCUUAGAUUAUUUUCAAUAUAAAGUAAAUUUCGCUUUUAAAUAGAAUAUUGCAUUUUUUUUUUAAAUACCACUAGAUGUUGAAAUAUUACUGUCUAGCAUGGGGCCCCUUUAUGAAUUGUAUUAUUAAUAUACAGUGGAUAUCUGAUCUGAUUACUUUGGCCAAAUAGGGUUUUUUAGUCAUAGAAUUAUAUCAUGAAGACUAUGGUAGCAUCGUUUUAUAGAAAUCACAAAAGGAUUCUUAAGGUCGUUCAGGACAUCAAAAAGGGUUAUAGAGUCAAAAUGCUUAUCAGGAACUUAUGGAAGCAGGUUACUGUAUACUUCUCUCAGACUACAGAGUUUGUUUUUAAUACAGCUUUGAAAAUAAUGUAUCUUUUAUAAAUGUUUUAUUCAUUACAUACGCUUAUAUAUGUGAGUACGGGUGACCGUAUGUGGCUCCAUUAUUUAGUUUACAUAGUGAAUGGGAAAAGGCCAAAAUGUGAAAGAUCUGACUAUAUAACUGAUUUCUAAAUGAAUAUACCCUCUGAAACAGCAGAAUAAGAAGAAUAACUUAUGACAACUCAUAACUGUAUAGAACUAAAAGAGAAUGCAGAAAAUUCACAGCAUUACUGAAAGAAAUGAUAUAUAUAAACUGAUAACUAAAACA